AUGGAGUUUGUCAUGGAUGUGGCUGUUGAGGCACACAAGUACCAUGUGCAGCAAGUGGAAACGAAACUGUGCAGGCACCUGGUGAAGUUUGUGAAAGAUUGCCACCGGCCCCAGCUUUUCCGGAUUGCGGGGAUCGCCAGCCAAUGCAAUGCCAGGGAGCUCAUUGCACAGUGCAAGGAAAGGCUACAAGAAGAAGUGGUCAACAAGCUUGGCAGUGAAGAUGCCGUCCUUCAUGAUAUCUGUAAAGACGUUAAAGACUGUGGUCAACACUGGCCCAGCGACACAUUGGCAGAUCUCCUCUGUGACGUCAUCCAAAGGGGCUCAAAGCUCAUUCAUGCAGCAUCUGAGAGGGCUAACAAACAGAUUGCUGCCAGCAAUGCUGCUCACAGUGCUGAGAAGGCUCGCUUGGAGAGCGAGUUGCAGGCAAGCCGGGGGAGAGUAGCAGAAUUGCAGUCUGCUAUUAAGCUUAUGGCGAUCAUCGAGGACCAACUAGCAGAAAGUGAGGAAGAAGUUGAAGGCCUCCAGGGUAGGAUACAAACUUUAGAGACGUGCAUCGAUGAGGCCGAUUGCUUUGUGAGCAACAGAGGGAAUUUGUGCCUGAACAGCACCAGGCGUCCUGUCAGGGAUUGCUUUUGA